GGCUUGAUCCAUACAAUUCUGUCGUGUUGACCUUGACUGAUGCAAAGCAUGCAUUGGAUGUGCUGCAUAUAGGACGAAGAUUGAGUGCUCUGAGGUGCAAUGUUCGUUCAAAAGCGCGAUGGACGCCGCGAGGCUGUCUCCUUUGACAAAAUCACGGCAAGGGUUACAAAGCUAUCGUACGGUCUGAACACCGACUUUUGUGACCCGGUGCUCGUGGCGCAAAAGGUCACUACAGGAGUGUACAAAGGAGUGACCACAAGCGAACUGGACGAUUUGGCGGCAGAGACUGCUGCUUCCAUGACCGCCACCCAUCCUGACUAUGCAACGUUGGCAGCCCGCAUCGCGAUCUCAAAUCUGCACAAGAACACAUUGAAGUCCUUCAGCGAGACGAUGAAAUUGAUGUAUUCGCACGUGAAUCCAAAAAACGGGGAAGCAUCUCCACUGAUUGCAAGAGAUGUAUUCGAAAUUGUACUCCAGCAUGCGGAGCGGCUGGACAGCGAGAUAAUCUACAAUCGCGAUUUCGACUAUGAUUACUUUGGAUUCAAGACCCUGGAGCGCUCAUACCUGCUACGGAUCAAUGGUGCAGUUGUGGAACGGCCGCAGCACAUGCUCAUGAGAGUGGCUGUUGGCAUCCAUAAAGAGGACAUUGAAGCAGCAAUACGGACAUAUCACUAUCUCUCAGAGAGGUGGUUCACUCAUGCAUCGCCUACCCUGUUCAACGCUGGCACACCCCGACCACAGCUGUCCUCCUGCUUCCUCAUUGCAAUGAAGAACGACAGUAUAGAGGGCAUAUACGACACCUUGAAGGAGUGUGCAGCCAUAUCAAAGAGUGCUGGUGGGAUUGGACUCUCCAUCCACAACAUCCGUGCAGUGGGUUCAUACAUCCGUGGCACCAACGGGACAUCCAAUGGCAUUGUCCCAAUGUUGCGGGUCUUCAAUGACACUGCAAGGUAUGUGGAUCAGGGUGGUGGCAAGCGAAAGGGUGCCUUUGCAAUAUAUCUGGAACCAUGGCAUGCAGACAUCUUUGAUUGGUUGGACCUGCGCAAGAACCAUGGGAAAGAAGAGGCUCGUGCACGUGACCUCUUCUAUGGCCUGUGGACCACUGAUCUCUUCAUGGAGCGUGUGGAGUCCAACGCUGACUGGAGCUUGUUCUGCCCCAACGAGGCCCCUGGUCUGGCUGAUUGCUGGGGCGAUGAACACGCUGCCCUAUAUACUCGCUAUGAGAGAGAAGGCAGAGCCAAAAGGGUCAUCAAGGCACAGCAGUUAUGGUUUGCAAUCCUGGAGGCACAGGUAGAAACUGGCAAUCCAUACAUGCUGUUCAAGGAUUCAUGCAACCGGAAGUCGAACCAACAGAACCUGGGAACCAUCAAGUGCAGUAAUCUCUGCACAGAGAUUGUGGAAUUCACAUCACCUGAGGAGACUGCUGUCUGCAACCUUGCCUCCAUUGCCCUGCCUCGCUAUGUGCGCGAGCGGGAGGGCACCCCUUCAAGUGGGCGACCCAAGCUUGCAGGCUCUCUCAACGCUCCGAACAGGUACUUCGACUUUGAGAAACUGCAAGAAGUCACACACAUCAUCACGGAGAACUUGAACAAGAUCAUUGACAUCAACUUCUACCCAGCUGAGACGGCCAGGCGUUCAAACAUGCGGCACAGACCAAUUGGCAUCGGUGUCCAGGGCCUGGCGGAUACCUUCAUUCUUCUUGGCAUGCCAUUCGACAGUGCAGAAGCAAAGCAGUUGAACAAGGAGAUCUUUGAGACAAUCUACUUUGCAGCCCUGGAGAAGUCCUGCUCCCUUGCCAAGACGGACGGCCCCUAUGAAACAUAUGCUGGUAGCCCAGUCAGCAAGGGUGUGCUGCAGCAUGACAUGUGGGAAGUGCAGCCUCCAAGCCAGAGAUGGGACUGGGACACUCUGCGAGCUAGCAUCGCCCAGCAUGGAGUGCGAAACUCUCUGUUAGUGGCACCCAUGCCCACAGCUUCCACUUCUCAGAUUCUGGGCAACAAUGAAUGUUUUGAGCCAUACACCAGCAACAUCUACGUCCGAAGAGUGCUCUCUGGCGAGUUCACAGUUGUCAAUCAGCAUCUGCUCUCAGACUUGGUUGCCAGCGGCCUCUGGUCUGCCGACACCAAGAAUGAGCUAGUCGCCGCGAAUGGAAGCGUGCAGGGACUCGACAUCCCCGAUGACUUGAAAGCCCUGUACAAGACGGUGUGGGAGCUGAAGCAGCGCACGCUGGUGGACAUGGCUGCCGAUCGCGGGGCAUUCAUAGAUCAGUCGCAAUCCUUCAAUGUGCACAUGUCUGAUCCCAACUUUGGGAAACUUACCUCUCUGCACUUCUACGCCUGGAAGGCAGGCUUGAAGACAGGGAUGUACUACUUGCGCACACGUGCUGCUGCUGAUGCCAUAAAAUUCACCGUAGAUCAGCAGGCCCUCACGAAGAAAAAGGCUGCCAGGGCAGCCAAGUCUGCCGCAGACCUUGCAGCGUCUUCAGUGACAGUGGCCCUGAAGGAGCGCAAUGGAUCUCCGUCCCGGCAAUUUGCCAGCGUUAAGGUAGCUGCAUUGGAUGAGGAGAUGCAGAAGGAGCGAGAGCUGGCAGCCAUGGUGUGCUCCUUGGAGAACAAGGAUGCCUGCUUGAUGUGCGGAUCGUGAGUGGUCUGGAUCUCAUCAGCCACACCUCCGUGCUGUCAAAACUGCAACGAUGCACCAACAAACAAUUCCUUGCAGCCUAAUUUCAGGAUAUUGAACCUUGUCAUAUUCGAGCAACCCUUGAAUCCUACUUGGAGAAGCGCAUCAUGCUGUAUGACACAAGUUCUGGCCCACGGUACCGGGUGUCUGUCAGUGUCACUGUCCAGUGGACAAGAACUCAUGAUCAGCAGAAUUUGGCCGGCUUUUGUAGGUAGCUGUAGCCCAUUGACCUCCUGCAAAUUGCCUCUGAAACCUUGACCUUUUGAUCUCAUGUAAGGAAUUCCAACAUAGGACCUUG